AUGGCUUCAUUUAUUGAUUUUCACUGUAAGGAUGUUUUACGUAAUCUGGAUCAUAUUGUUAAGGAUUCAUGGCACUGUCUGGACAAAAUUAGAACUAGGCCUGGUGGAAUAAACCAGGGUUUUUUUAUGGUGACUAUUGAUAUUGUGAGCCUUUUCACUGCUAUACCACACACGCAAGGUUUGGAGAUGUUUGAAGCGAGCCUACUCAAGUUUGGUACAUUUAGUAGUGAUAAAUGUAGAUUCAUUAAGGAACUAAUGGAACUAGUCCUUGAAAAUAAUUUCAUGUUCCUGAACGGCAAAUAUUUCAGACAAAAAACGGGUGUAGCAAUGGGGGCACGGUGUGCCCCGAUAUAUGCCAAUAUGGUGUUACCAUUUUGGGAGACACAAACGAUUUUUUCCUCAUGUUUCUGGGAUGAUGUGGCUUUAUACUUGAGGUUUUUGGAUGACAUUCUGAUUUUUUGGAAGGGUACUAAAGAAAGAUUUACUGAGUUUGAAUCAUUCCUGAAUACUACAACAACUUUCCUGAGUUUUACUAGUAAGAUGGUUGACAAUCAUUGUGAAUAUCUUGAUAUUUUAUUGUAUAAAAACAAUGACACGUUAGAUACCAAUAUUCAUAGGAAAAAAACACAUUCCAAUUCAUAUUUACAUUUCGAUAGUUGUCAACCUUACCAUCAAAGGAAGAAUUUGGUCAAAGGGCAGAUGGUAAGAUUAUCCAGAAUUAUCAGUGAAGAUGUAGUUUUCCUUGAUGAAAUGAAAAUUUUGUCCAGUAUGUUUUCUGAUAGAGGAUAUCCGAGUGAAUUGAUCAACAAUAUCAGUAAUGAGAUACGGAUCAAAAGAAAUCAUGUUUACCAACCUAUUAUUAAAUUUGGUCUUCCUAAUACCUCUAGUACAAACAGACCACCAUUUGGUAAUGACAUUCUAGUCAUCCCUUAUAAUGAUACAUCCAUGAAGAUAGAAAAUGCUGUAAGGGAUUGUUGGUCUAGUGUAUUCAUGAACCAGGGUGAAUACACUGAUAUUCUGGGCUUUUUGCCAAAAAUUACAUACAGUAGAGGCAUGAAUCUGAAAGAGUAUUUUGAAUCAACACAGAGAAAAUUCUGGAUAAUUCUGAUGGUUUUGCUUAGAAUAACAGUCAUCACCCUAGCUGGCUAUCCCGUUUUUCAAGAUGAGCAAGAAAGAUUUAUUUGCAAUACCAUGCAACCAGGAUGCUCCAAUGUUUGCUAUGAUGCAUUUUGUCCUGUGUCUCCUCUACGGUUUUGGAUAACAGAAAUUGUGACUCUUUGCCUUCCAUAUGCAGGCUUCUGUGCAUAUGUCAUACACAAAGUGACAAGGCAAACCAUGUCAGAAAAUAUUCAGGUGUGUGUUUACAACAAGAAUAAAGCUUACCCUGUCAGAAGGACUCAGCAAGUACCUCAUAGAGGGGCAAUGGGGUGCAGGACAGUCUAUGAAGCAGAGACAGAGAAAAUGCAUGAUUUUUCUGGGGCAUAUUUAAUUCAUUUGUUUCUUAGAAUGGUAGCCGAAGCUGGGUUUGGUGCUGGACAGUAUUAUCUUUUUGGAUUCCUUGUUCCUCAGAAAUUUGCCUGUUCUCAGCCAUCUUGCCCGAGCAUAGACUGCUACAGCACAAGACCUACUGAGAAGACUAUUAUGAUGAACUUCAUGUUUGGAGUCAAUGCCAUCUCAUUCCUACUUAGUGUGUUUGACUUAAUUUAUGUGAUUAAGAGAGCAAUAAGACACAACCACAAAAACAAGCUGAGUAUGGAGAAAAUAUAUCAUGGUCAAGAGUAUUACCUCAGCUAUCCUGGAAAGCAGUCAGAUUUUGAAAUGAUUCAGGACUGUAGCCCACCUGUUAAUAAACGAGCAAGAAGGCAAGCAAGUGAAAUUGGGGACUCAGUCAUUUACCAUGAAGUUGAGAACAGUUCUGUGCAUUCUGAAGUCUUAUCUCAGUACUCUGCCAACUCCGUUAGAAACUGCAAUAACACCUGUGCACAAAGAAGCAUUGAAAAUGAACAACAGCUACCCGAUCAAAAUGGAGAUAAGCCUGCCACAUGUACAGGUGAUCACAAGUUAACACAGGCCACAGUGGGAAAAUAUUGGAAGAAAUGUCCCACUAAGGAAUGCAUCACUGAAUGUAAAACAAUGGAUGUAAAGCCUUCAGCUGACAUCCAUUCUAGACUUGUGAGACACUAUUCACUCGUGGAAGUGACCCCUUCAGAAGCAUAGUUCAGCAGCAGAUAAACCUGAACAAUACACUGGAAUGGUGUACAAAGGCAGACAUUUUAUUUCUGUCUUGCAUACAGUAAUAUAAAUCUCAAGUAAAAGCUCUGCAUCUAUUCACGACACUUGUUUUCCGGAGGAAAGAAAACAAAACAGAAGUACAGUAGCUGUGAAUGUUGCUGUAGCUCAAUAUCAUGUAAAAUAAAUAACAGUAAGUAAGCAGUAUUUCGUUGAGAGCAUAAUGCAUGGUACAGCUCAUUCUGAAAAAUAAAAUUCCACAAAACAUUUACAGCAGGCAGAAGAUAGAUAUGAGGUACAGGAUACAGUUAUUUUUAUAACAAGGAGAUGCAAACAAGCAUUCUUCAAAAUGAAAUGGUUGCUUACUGUGUCCCUGGGGUACAGACAGUCCCUCAUUUUGUCUGCAAUAGUAUAUAUGUAUACUGCUUAGUUGCAUUUGGGGUUCUGUUUCACAUCAAGACUAGAAGUUAUAUUAGUUCCUGAGUAGUUUUAAUUACAAAUGUUAUUUUUGCCUUUUUUUGCAUAUAUUAUACUUUUGGAGUUAGAAUUUUAUUUAUUAUGGCAGUCACCCCUGCUGGUAAAUGGGUAGCCAGCAUCCAGGCCAGUAGCCUGUGUACUAACUUACGUACUAAUAGCACUUUCCACAAUGAGGGAAAACUGGAAAGGAAUGAGCACUUACAGGUGUUUCUAAAUGAUGGGAAAGCUAGGAAUGCCACAGUGAAAAACUCUGCAGUAGCUACUUAUCCCUGUCAGUGACAAAUAGUACUGGAUGACGAUAUGCAGGCUCCAAUAAACAAAUCACUGACCAUUCUGUAUGGGUUUAGUGCACUGAGCUUAUUCUUCACUGUACUGGGAACUGGACCUUGGUUCAAAGACAAGCCAAGGGUACUUGUAGAAAAGUCAAAGUUCACUGAUGUAUUCCAUCAGACAGGUGAAAGUGGUGCAGGGACACUGUGUGGUGGAUAGUAAAUUAUAUAUUAUACAAUGACUGGCUAUUAACAUUCAAAAAGGAGCACACUGAUUGGUUAGCCCAACCAGCAAGCCUGUUGUAAAUCGAGAAUAUAGCAAAGAUAAAAGUCUGGCUGCUGAAGUAUCAUUGAGCAGCCAGACCUUUUUUCCAUAUCAUUAAAGUAGGCAAACACACAUAAUGAAUGAUAAAGCACUUAUAUUAAUUAAACAAACAAACAAUUACAAUUUGGCAAUGCAAUUUAUCUUAAUGACUAAAGAGCAUUUGAAAGAAAAUGACAGCUGCUAAGCAAUACAUCUGAACAUUUCAUUGCUCACUUAAUCUGGUGUUAAUGUUAAAAUAAACAAUUGCAGUUUUAUAUUUUUAUUUACAUCUAUGUUAUAUUCCGCACAAUGUACUUCUAAAUCCUUUACUGGAUAUAAACUCACUGCUUGCUUCCUUAUGUGAAUACUUGCAUAAGAAGAAGAAAAAAAAAUGUAUGAAGAGUCAAGUAAAUGCAAAAUCGAGUGCAAAUGAACACCACAACCCACCCCCCCCCACUGAGUACACGUGCAGUACAUCAACAAAGUAGCGCAACUGGGGAAACAAUGCAGAAGAACACCAUGACGCCGUUAUGCAAAGACAUUAUUUAAGAAAAGUAAGUAAUUAUUUUCUUAAAUAGUGUCAUUGUAUUAUCGCAAUAACUGACUCAGUGGUGUGGUAUGUUGAAGAUUUACCCAUGGCUGGCUUUGUUUAAUCACUCAGGCUUUGCCCUUGUGAUUAAACCACACCAACAGUGGGUGAAUCUUCAAUAUAUCACACCCACUCCAUCAGUCAUUGCUAUAAUAAAUGUCACCUGACAUUGUCACCAAAUAACAUGUGCUGUAAUUUGGCAGCCAUAAUUCUGAAUGAAAACUGUGAUAAUGAGCACCUGUCUACAAACUAAUGCUGUAUACAGUAAAUACUCUGUAUCACUGCUUCCCAGUGGUACUCACACAGCAGGGGAGCUGUAUAUUGAACAAGUUUGUAGAAAUGUAUACAGGGUCUUUAAAUCUGAAUGAGAUGGCAACUACAUUUAUAAGGAGACACAGAAAGUUACACACACAUAUAUAUAUAUACACAUAUAUAUAUAUAUAUAUAUAUAUAUAUAUAUACACACACA